AAGAGUAGCUUUACCAGCAAUGUUAAUUUCCUGAAGCGCCGAUUCAGCUCGGGAGACCUGUCUUCCGAGUGCGAGGAUGUCGAUCCGAAAGACCUGCCACCCGCAGCGCGUCCACAGCCCCCGCUUCAGCAGCAACCGAUGCCCGGCGGUCCGCCGAACAUUCCGCCACCGCCGGCCCCCGGUACGGCCGGGUCCGUCUCGCCGGGCGGUCCCGUCCCGCCCGGUUCCGCCCCGCCGACCGGUGGCCCGGAGCUGUCGCUAAGCUUCGGCAAGGGGCCGGCCCAGCGCGGCACGAGCGCACCCUCCAGCCCGGCCAAAUCGCGCGAAAGCUUGCUGCAGCGCGUCCAAAGCUUAACCGGUGCGGCCCGUGAUCAGGGUGCCUCCAUCAUCGGAGCGGCCGUUUCGACUGCCAGCCGCGUUCAGCCGUUCAAUCGGGACAAAUGCUUCACGCUGCUCGUGGUCGACGAUCAGAACACGGACUGGUCGAAGUACUUCCGCGGCAAGCGGCUGCACAGCGACUACGACAUACGCGUGGAGCAGGCCGAGUUCCGCGAGAUCAUGCUGACGGCGAGCGCGGACUCGGGGCCGAUGGUUGGCUGCAAUCGGGGCGGUUCCAAGCAGACCAAACCGUUCCGCCCGGACUUUAUUCUGGUGCGUCAGCCGCCACGCGACGGCUCGAAGGACUACCGUUCGACGCUGCUCGGGCUGAAGUAUGGCGGCGUGCCGAGCAUUAACUCGCUGCACUCGCUGUAUCAGUUCCAGGACAAACCGUGGGUAUUCGCUCACCUGCUGCAACUUCAGCGACGUCUCGGACGCGAUGCGUUCCCGCUGGUCGAGCAGACAUUCUUCCCGAACCCGAAGGACAUGUUCACCUGGACGCGGUUCCCAUGCGUUCUGAAGGCGGGCCACUGUCACGGUGGCAAAGCUACCGCCAAGCUCGACAACCCCGGGGCGCUCCAGGAUGCAGCCGGUCUGCUGUGCGGUACGGGACUUUCGGACAACGGCUCCUACUGUAGCCUGGAGCCGUACAUCGACGCCAAGUUUGACGUUCACAUCCAGAAGAUCGGUGCCAGCUACAAGGCGUUCAUGAGAAAAUCCAUUUCCGGCAACUGGAAGACGAACCAGGGCUCGGCCAUGCUCGAGCAAAUCCCAAUGACGGAGAAGUACAAAACCUGGGUCGAUGAGGUGUCCGAGCUGUUCGGUGGCAUGGAGGUGUGCGGCGUGGCAGUGAUCGUCUCGAAGGAGGGCAAAGAGUUUAUCAUCAGUGCGGCUGACUCGACGUUCCCGCUGAUGGGCGACACCCAGGAAGAGGAUCGUCGUCAGAUUGCGGACCUUGUCGUCGGACGCAUGCAGAAUGUCUGCCGACCCUCGAUGAUGACGAAGGCCGUUUCGCGCAGUUCGAUCUCGUCGCGCGGCACUAGCCCGACGGAUGAUGCGCCGCCGGUUCCGAUUGGUACGCGCCCGGUACCGGUUGGUGGUGGUCCGCCGCCGAUCCCGGAACGCACCACACCGGGCGUUGGCUCGAUCGGUCGUCACGGUAGUUUCAGCAGCCAGUCGGGCGAACCGCCGGAGCAACCGUCCGAACGGGCACCCACUCUGAACUCGGUGGGACGACGUGAUUCGCAAGCAUCCCAAUCGAGCAGCGUGUCGGGCAUAUCGUCUGCUUCGGCCGCCCGCUCGGGUGCAGGAAAGGCUCCACCAGCGAACGCUGCCGGUGGUCCGUCGGUGGUCGAGGAUGCGGAGGACACGAUGAAAAACCUCCGCAAAACCUUCGCCGGCAUCUUCGGUGACAUGUAGGAUUUGGCUAAGAAGAAGAAACAAACCCGCGGAGGAACUGACAUCAGCAGCACUGCCGGCAGCGCCACCGGUAGCGUAUUGAGUACGCGCGAAAGCUCCAUCGACAGCGUGAUCGUCCGGCCCGUCGAACCGAUCGAGAAGCCACCCGGUGGGCCACCCAACGAACGGCCCGUCCUGUGCAACGGUGGACCCGCCGGGCAGUCGUACAGCAGUGCGAUCGGUACGGCCAGCGGUCCCACGACCACCGGCAAUAAUACCGGCACCGUCGCCGGCAGCAGUGUACAUAAAAUGAAUGUUUCUUCUUUGGAUGGUACCAUCGCAUCCAGCAGCAGUGGCCAAAGUUCCAGCAGCAGCUCCGCGGAACCGAAGCGCCCGGCGUACGAUCCGACGCUGAGCGAGCGCAUCAACCCCUUCGACAAGGACAGGAUCGCGGGCACCGUCCGGGGCACCAGCAGUGGCAGCGACAGCAGCAUCACCAGCAGCGUUGGCAGCAACACAACUAGCAGUAAGAUCACAACCAACGACGACACCGAUCGUUACACUAUACAGCAAGGUAUCAGGGAACAACCAUCGCUAACCGGGCGCUUCCAGGCACCGGCCGCCGGUGGUGGUCUCGGUGCAGCCGCCGUCCCGUCGCCGGUCACCCUGCCCGCCGCCACCUUCAGCACUACAGCAGCAACGACCGCUUCCGUAACUUCCGCCUUCCCGUCCUCCUCCGUUUCGUCCUUCUCCGUGUCCGGAUCGUCGGGUUACUCGAGCGCCACCAGUACCGGCUUUUCCACACCGUCAGCACCGUCGGCGAGCAGCGAGCAGAAGAAGCAAGAGUUCGGCCGCACCAAGCGCGCCUCGUCCGAUGCCGAGAUCAUCUUCGGUGAUCGUGGGGCCGAUUUCUACAACAAGCGCUUGGACCGUGCCGGUAGCCGUGGCGAGUUCCGGCAGCGCACCGAAUCCCUCACGGAUGCGGAACUCAUCUUCGGCACCAGUGCCGUUACCGGGCCGGCCACACCGCCGAACAGUGCGACGCCCUUCUCGCCGGCGGCCACCACCAGCAGUUCGGGCUCGGUCGCCGCACGGUACGGUUCGUACGGAAGUCGCGACAGUACCAGCUUCGGCAGCACAACGUCCGACUCGGACUUUGUGUACGGCAGGAAGGAUCCGAGUGUGCUGACAAAGAGCAUGUCCGUCGCAUGCGAUCGUACGGCCAGCGCUGGUAAACCGUGGGCAAGGGCUGGCCCACGCGAUGACGAGGAGGAGUUCGAUUUAAAGUAAAAACUAACUUGGCUUCUUAACCGUACCCUCAUCACCCCUUUCUUCUUCUACUUCUUCGCUAUUUUCCUCCUACACCCUGUCCACCCAGUACAGCUGACCUUCCAUGACAUGAUGGCGGCUUCCAACAAAUUUCUGUAUAGGGUCACCAUUCACGCGCCCGUUCGUUCGUUGUCUGUCGAUUGCUUGCUAGGCGGUAAUGUUAUCUGAUAAGCUUUUAAAUGUAAUACCGAAAUACUACGGACACAUACACAUCAAACACACUCCCACACACAAAAAGACAUUCACACAUGCAACAUGCAGAUGCGAUUUCUCGAGGUGCACGAAAGGAGAGAGAGAUCACUAAAUUUGCCUCUGACGUUUCCUGGUUUCAAACAAGCCGAUGAAGAAUGCAAAAGAUGGUCACCAUCUCGCAGCAAAAAAUGCAAGGGCAAAGGAUAUGCAGAUAUCAAACAUCGGUUGAAGAAUGAACAGGGCAGGGAAAGGAAAACUUCUGUGGAAGUUGAAAGCAAAGCCAGAACAGAACGGACCGGAAAGGCAGAACAGUUUAAACUCUAUAAGCGAUAUUCACUAAGAUUCUAAGAUGCUCUAAUCGGAAGGAUGACGAAGGUAACGUUUAAGUUCCAACAACAAAAAACCCCCCCAAUGUCGGCUAUCACAUCCUAUCAAUAUUGAUUAAUGUCGCACAAAACGAUGAGAACCGGAGGGACGUAACUCUGUUACAGAGACACAAGAUUCAGCUUUGUUCGCUGAUAUCCUGUGGACGGUUCUCCAACAUUUACAUCUAUCAACCACCGACGCAUUACCAAGAUCGAAAAGAAGAGGCCGAGUAAGAGUGAAAGAGCUAGAGCGUAGAGUGUAAGCAAUCAAUUAACGACCGCAAAAGUAUUACGCUAUAGUUUUCCUGCUAUAUUAUUGCCUAUAUAUAUAUGCAUAUCAUACUUCUGCUUAACCCCUCUUUAAGUAGCACCAUAUCUAGCACCAUUAGCCGCUAGAGGGCGCUCUCGAACUUUCCGUUACUGUGCAGCUGAACCUUCCUGUAUCACACCACUACGACUGAUUAGACCGUAUAGUUUUGUAGCCGGCAAAUGAGCAACAAGUAGAGAGCACACCACAGCCUAGAGCGUUAGCGGUGGACGUAUGCAUACGCUCAUCAGUUGCACCAGCAGAUUUGAUUAGACGUUCGAAUUGGCAUUAUCGUUAGUAGCCGGCACACUUGCGCACACGGUAGAGAGAAGCUCAUUUCCGGUUCACGACACUUUCGCACUUCUGUUUGUUAGUUUGC